AUACUCAAAGAUGGCAGCUCCGUUGUCAGCCAAGUAAUUUAGUUUUUAACAAAAUUCUCACCCUACUUCGAACCAUUCGAGCAAAGAAAACUUAGUGUAAGAGAAGAAAUAAAGAGACUUUCUAUAACAUCAGCAGUACAACGUAUCUAAAAGGUCUAUACUAUUUGAAUAUUAAAGAUAGACAAAGAAUCCUCAAUGUCGAAACUGCCUCCCUUAACAAACUUACCUUCGUGGUCGCGGAGUUCUUUAGAAAGACGAAAAGUUCAGCGAUGCAUAGCAAAAGAUCCAGUGGUUGUCCCCAGCAAGAAUCUUGGACAAUUAGAGCGAGAUUAUGGCUCAAAAUAUACGACGCUAAAAUCUAGUUCUAGUGAUAGGAUUGUAUCUGCACCGUCUUCUCCUCUUCCACUGAAAUCCAAAUCUCGUAAAGAGGCUCAGCUGGAGAACAACUUAUCUUUCUUGAAAGAGCAACAUCAUGAGAUAUUGACGAAGUUACAUGAAGAAAUUGAAAAAUUAAAAACUGAAAAUAAAGAAUUAAACUUCAAGUUAAUUGUAACAAAUGAAACUUCUAUUACUUCGUCAGCAUUUGAAAGCAGACAAAAAGCGAGCGGGAGUUACUACAGAAGUAAAAUAAGACGGUUAGAAAACGAGCUAAAGAACUUAAAACUUGCACUUGUUGAAGCUCAAAAACAAAAUAUUGAUUUAUCAAAGCGCAUAAGCGAAAGAGAAAUAUCUGGAAAACGUUACAAACCUCUUCCACCAGUAGCAAGUCACGACAAUAUGAAUGAUUAUCAAGUUUCAAGAAGCACAAGCAACAAAAAUAACUUAUCACACCGCGAGAGUGUAAGUGAUACAAAUAUCGACCAUUUUAACAUGUUUAGUCCUGGUAAAACAACUGUUCUUCAAGUGACAUUUGGCAAAAAAGGAGAACUUUACGUUACACCAUCAAGUGGAGCAGCCUCUCGUUCUCCUACAAUGUCUGAAUGUAAAGAUAUCAUAUAUUACCUUGAGGAUAUGAACAAAAGACAAGGACAAGAAUUGAUAAAGUUAAAGGAAGAAAUAAAAGAAGGAAAUUGCACAGCAAAUUUCUCAACCGAUACUUAUGUUGUCACGAAAACGUUGAAUGGUCGUACAGGUCAAUAUAACCAGAAUACUUCUGUUAUACUUCCAGCCUUGAGACCAGCUGCUUCUGGGAACGUUGCCGAACGUCGCCGUGGUCAGCAGGCCGUACUUCGUGGUCGUAAAACAUAAAAAAUUGAACGUUUAUUGCUUAAAGAAGAACAUGUUGUUUGUAAAUACAAUAAUAGUAGUCAUUUUUGACAAUACCACAACUUAUCAAACAUUGA